UACAGCUAGAACGCUUGCAAACCGUGUGGAUGGAUUGCAAGAAUUGCGAGUUGAAGCAGCGACAGUUCUACUGCGUCACUUGCCUAAAGACACACCUACGCGAUUAUAGGUCGAAGAUUAAUCAUGCAUCCAAGGAACGAGACGAUCAGGUAGCCCGCACGGAGCAGCUGCUCGGGUAUGUGGAGGAAAGGCGGUACUGGAAGGCGGGCGUGUCAGCCGCGCAAGACAGGGUGAAGGAAGUUCAAGACGGACUGGCACAACUCCGGAGGCAGAAUGAACGUACCAGGGAUCGCAUACGCACGCUCCGCGACAACCUGCAUAUGCGCCGUCGCGUUCUCGGCCAGGCGCAGAUCGUCCCGCUCUCCAGGGACGAGGACCUCGGCCGUUCGAUCGCACAGACGAACCGUGAUUUGCUCAGCCUCUCAGAUACACUUGCUCGGGCGCGCUCCGGGCUCGUGCAGGAACUAGUCGAGGUCUUUCAUGUCGUCGAAGUCGGGGGGCGCCCGCCCAUCGCCGGCAAGGCCGGCACCAAGGGCGAAUGGACCAUCGGCGACCUCAUACUGCCCGUGCCCGGGGACAUCAGACGGUACCCCCCGCAGCACAUAAACGCUGUGAUCACGCAUACGGUCCAUUUUCUAAGCCUGCUCACUUUCUACCUGGGCGUGAAACUACCUUUCGAGAUCACCUGGAGCGGGAAGAAACUGGGCGUUGGUCAACCUUGGAUUGGCGCCAUAAAAGGGACAGAAACCGGAAGCUGGGCAAAGUGGUUCACCAAGCACUCCUUGCAUCUUUCCUCCUCUCCUUCUCCCGCGCCAGGGACUCCAGGCGCACUGGACUCCACGUCUCAACGACCACCCAUCACCCAGACUCUAUCGGAAUCAUACGUAGAACAGGACCCGGACGCCGCUCCGACCUCUCCUUCGUUCUCCACCGCGUUUGCGAUGCUCCUCUACAACGUAUGCUAUCUGGCGCAUACACAAUCUGUUGAUGUGCCCCUCGCGCAAGCAGGUGACGUUCUCAGCAACCUGUGGGCUGUGUGCUGCAGCCCCGAUCUCGGCCGGCGCUCACACGAGACACGACCGCUUUUGCCGGCGCCGACGCCGCCUUCCUUCCCUCUAGAUUUUUCUCAACUCUUGCAAGCGAUGACAGCGAAUCCUCGAGCGAAACAGAGGAGGCGCCCGGUUGCGACGAGAAAACCCAGCCGAAAGCACGAGAAAAUCCCGGAAGUCGACGAAGAUGGCUGGGAUCUGGUAGAAGAUAUCGGUGAUGUGCCUUAG